AAACAGUUCCGAUCAGUUUCAUGAACUCCAUCUCUACAUAGUUUCAAUGGGUGUGCGAUUGCCACGACCCGACACGACUCUUUCUAGAUCCAAGCAAAACGUCCCGCUGUCAGACGAAACAAACGCAGUUGCUCUGUAGCAGGAAUGAUGCUGUGGCUCUGCUUCUGUGCACUGGCUCUCGUCCUGCAGCCGGUUCACUCGGCCUAUAACUGCUCCGCAGUGUUUAACAGGGUCCCAGACAACAAUGAUCUGAUGGUAGACUGUGGCGCCAACAUGAUCACUCUGGAGGUAAACCUGUGCACCGCUGAGUGGGCAGGCUUUGACCCCAACGGCCUGGCCCUGAACGGGGAGCGCAGUAAUGCCCAGUGCAAGGGCAUCAUUGAUAUCACUGUCAACCCACCUGUCGUCCGCUACCAUCUGCCAGUCAACCACAGCCAGGAGAACCCAUGUAGACAGUCUCUGCAGAUUGUGGAUGAGGUGCCCAGCUCCUCUGGUCCAUUCAGCAUGUUCUCCAGCAUUCAGUCCGUCAUUAUCACAGGAUACAUUGAUACGCCCAGCUCCUCAGAGGGCGUCAUCAGUUACUCCACAGACCUCUACUACCACUUCUCUUGCCGUUACCCGCUGGAAUAUCUCAUCAACAACACUCAGAUUGUAGCGUCAUCAGUGUCAGUGGCCACUAGAGACAACAAUGGUACUUUCAUUGACACUCUCAGCAUGGGAGUCUUCAAUAACACAUAUUUUAAUAGCCCAUUGGUGGUUCCGCCUACUGGAUUGGAGCUGCGCAGUAAAGUCUAUGUUGAAGUAAAAGCUGCCAAUCUCACUGGAAAUUUUCAUCUUUUGCUGGACCACUGUUUUGCAACCCCAUCACCUUAUAAUCACACCAACCACAAACAGCACAGCUUUUUCACAGGAUGCGUGGUAGAGAACCGGACAACAGUGCUUUAUAAUGGCCGCUCCAAAUUUUCCAGAUUUUCAUUUGAAGCCUUCCGCUUUGUGGAGCACCGUAAUCAAGAAAUGUCUACUCUAUACCUGCACUGCAUACUGCGACUCUGUGAACCGAACAAGUGCCAAGAACUUCUUGAUUCUUGCAACUCUACCAGAACACGAAGGCGAAGGGCCCUAGAACCUUAUGGAUCGCCAGCUAAAGAUUCUGCCACAGUGUCUGUGGGUCCUCUGUACACCGCAGCCCUGAAGAAUGAUGUUCCCUCUGCAUUGGCCUCUGGAGGCAGUGAGCCGUUAAACAGGGACAAUAUGAACCUGGCUGGAGUGGUGGUGGGGGUCAUUUUUGCCACCGGAGGUGCUGUGUUGCUGGUUAUGGCUGGAUGGUUUGUGCUGAAGAGGUUUUGCUGGGCCGGUGCUCUGCCUCGGGCUUUCCACUAAGAGAUCCAUCAACUCACCAUCUGUUUUGCGUUGAAUGAAGCUUAAUUUGAUAUACCGAUAAGACGUCUGAUCACAUCACAGCAUCUGCACAAACCAGCAAAGAACCGCUUUGCAUAAUGCCUAUUUAACAUAUUUUAAUCUAUUUAGACAGCACUGUGUAGUCUAGUCAUCAUGCGCUUGGAAGAAAACUCAAAUGCUUAAUUCUCUCAUGUAAAUGCAAAUACUGCUAUUGACAUUGUUUCAUAUGUUUUAAAUGUAUGUUAGCUGAAUUAUACUGUAAGAGGUAUGUAGGCACAGCUGAAUUAUUGAGAGGAACAAACUGUGGAUGAAAUCCUUUUGUAAUAUUUUGAUUACACAUUGCUUCUUCUACACAUUAGCUCAGGGGUUUUCAAACUUUUUGAUGCCAGGACCUAGAUCGAAAGACCCUCUUCUUGAAAUAUAAAGGCAGCUAUAUUUUAUCAUGUAUAAAGAACCAUUUAUAUUGUGUGAGAAAUAUUAAGUUUGAUAUUAUAAAGACGAUGUUGUUUUCCAACAAUUAAAUAAUUGGCUUUUAGUUUGACUGUAUUAUAAGCAAAGUAAAUUUUCAAAUAAUAUCUGGAAAGUUUUCUACUGACUAUUAGAGAAGAAUUUAGUAUAAAAUAUUAUUUUUAAUUAAAUUAAAAUGUAUUUGUAAAAAGCUUUUUAUAUUUUGUGUUAAAAAUGAUUGCAUUUCAAAAACAAGUUUAACUUUGACAGCCCUAAAAAAAAUAUUUCAAAAAGUCUUCUGU